GUUUAAAGGUUACUGUUCCAAAUUUUUCGCCCGACCUGAAAACGAUUCACGACGGGGAAGUCAGCGGCGGGAUCUCUGUCCAGUUUCCAGCCGGCAAUUUCCUGCCCACCUAAAUCAUUCUUGGCAUCCUCUGCUUUGCGUGGAAGCAGCAAGACUGCCUGGUGGACGUGUGUGUAGGAUCUUUAGCAUCCGAUGUCACUCUCAGAAUCUCCGGUUGCUGCCGAUGAGGACAGCGACCCAUCGAUUGACAUGGAAGUAGAGGAAGAUCCUGGGGAAGAAGAAUAUGAAGAAGAGGAAGAUCCCGAAGAGGAAGAAUAUGAAGAGGUGGAAGUAGAGGAAGAAGUAGAGGAAGAGGAAGAAGAGGAGAAGGGGGAGGAAGAUGAAGAAGAGGAGGAGGGAGAGGAAGAGGGAGAGGAAGAGGAAGAAGAGGAGGAGGGGCAGGAGGAGGUGGAGCAGGAGGAGGAGGAGGUGGAGGUGGAGGAAGAGGUGGAGGAGGAGGAGGUGGAGAUGGAGGAAGUGGAGGUGGAGGUGAAGGACAAUUUUAAGGUGUCGGAACUUCCAGCAGAUGCUGCUAAGGACCCAGAAGAUUUGAGCCAACAUAUGGAGUCUGAGGGGCAAGAGAGGAACUUGAGGCUAGUUUCUUCUGUAGCAGCAAAACUUGAUACAGUUUCUGCAGAAAAUAAUGACUCAUGUAAGGCUCUUUCGAUGCAAAAGGAAGAUUUUCAGCUGGAACAUGUGACUCCAAGUAGUCCAAAUUCAAGAAAUAAUGUGGUUACUGCUGAAGAUGAUAGACAUCAAGGGAUAGAUGUUGAUAAUAAAAGUAAUGGAUCCCCUCUACAAUGUAAAACCUUUGGAGCAUACAAUGAACUGAGUUGUGAUGGCAAAGCUUACUUAUGCGGUGUUAAAGAGUCUGGGACAGUCAAGUCAUCUAGUGAUGCCGUAAAAGACGUGGCUGUUGACAUCCAUCAGAGAGGCUGCUCUCUUGAGGAUGCUUAUGUUGGCACUCAGAAUUCUAUAAACCAAGUAAAGCAGUUGGACAUGCAUUCAGGGGAUGAAAUGAAGCAAAUGACAUCAAGAUUUACUUCCGCUGAUAUGAGGACUCAAAGUCUUUCUCCCAGUGCUGAGAUGAAAGAUGGAAACAAACGACCAGCAAUUUUAUGCAGCUUUUUUGCUAAAGGAUGGUGUAUCAGAGGUAGUUCAUGUAGGUUUCUUCAUAUAAAAGAUCAUGCAAGUAAUACUGGCCAGCAGGCUGAAGGAGACUUGGUUUCUACAAAUUGCAAGAGAGGACAGUUGGACGGAGGUCUGAGAGGUAAUGCUGAGACAUCAGGAAUGCCUAAUGCUCCAGUGCCAUUGGCUGCUUCAUUAGUGAGCUCUUCUUUGCAUUCUUCUGAAUUUUCUGUAAAAGAGACCAUCCAGAAUGAACAAGAAGCAAGCCUGAGUCAGCAUCCAUCCCAAGAUAAACAGAAGUUCCCAUUACUUCCGAAACAAGAUUUACAUUCUAAGAACCAUGUCUUACCAAUUGGUAGAGAUAGUUCUACAUCACGGGACUGCUUGAUUCCUGAAAAUAGAUCUAUAUUUAAUGCAUCAAACGACUAUUGCAGUAGGAAUCUCUCUUCUUAUCCAUCCUGUCCGGAGCAAUUGGCUCCCAUUCAAAACCAACAGGUGUAUAACAAAUAUUCUUCCCAAGUUUCAGCCCCAUCAGGUUACCUGAUGUCUUCAAAUUUAUCUACUGGGGCAAGUACUUUGGAUGCUCAAAAGCCGUUGAAAAGUGGCAAAGAAUAUCAUGCCCCCAGAUCCACUUUCUUGGGUUCAGAAUGGGAAGAGUUGCCUCUAACUAGUUCAUCUGGAGUUCGGCCACAUGCUGCUGGAUCUAAAAGAAAAAUACCUUCUUAUGAUUGGGAGCCAUCUGUACCUUUUCGACCAUCAUUUUUUAUUACUUCAGCCAGUAUAUCAUCUUCUGGAGAUAUGUAUGACCCAUUUCAUCCUUGUGUUGAGAUAACCAAUAUAGGAGAUGGGUCCCUAAAAGCUUCCUUUUUCAUUCACGGGCCUCCCAUUCAGGCUUCGUCUCUGGUUCGGGCAUAUGGUGAUUGUGCUGUAGCUGGGGACAAGGUGGCAGAUCUUGAUGAUGACAAGAGUUCUGUAUCUUCUCAUCACAGAUUUUGUGAGGAUGAGGCAAUGAAGAAUUCUUUUCCUUCGGAAAAAGAUGGCCGUGCACAUGAAACAGACACAACAGCAAGAACCUAUCUAAACUCCCACAAUGGUAAGGCAAGCAUUGGGGAAAACACCCUUGCUGUUGAAGAUAAUGCAAAAGUUGAAGUUGAACAAACAGAGCAUGAUGCCAAAUAUCGAGGUGAAGGAUUGGGAACCAAAAAGAGAAGAGUAGAUAAGGCUAAGAGAAGCCAUGAAAUUAAUGUUGACUUUCAUAUGGAUGGCAAUAUGCGGAAUGAUUUGAAGGCUCUAAAAAGUUUUCGUGCAGCUCUUGUAGAUUUAGCGAAAGAGUUGUUAAAACCAUCUUGGCAAGAGGGUCGUCUCAGCAAGGAUGCACAUAAUACAAUAGUUAAGAAAUCAGUUGAUAAGGUUAUUAGCACCCUACAACCCCACCAGAUUCCAACCACCAUAGAUGCAGUUAACCACUUUGUUUCUUCAUCUCGGUUGAAAAUUGCAAAGCUCGUUGAUGGAUAUGUCAAUAAAUACAGCAAGUGUUGAAAUUCUACCACCUAACACCUCUGUUGUACAGUUUUGGAUCAGUUUGUGAGAUCCAGACUCAUGAACAAUUUGGUUGAGUGUUGAAUAUUCAAGAUUGAUGAGGAAUUUUUUGAAUUCUCUUUCAAAUUAUCUGCUUCA